UGGACGGACGGGCCAGUCAAAACCCACCGAGGAACUGACGUGUGCCGAUAGCGUGAGUCAGGGACAGCUGGAGAUGGUAAAACUGGGGAUGGCCAGGAGACAACAGCAAGGUGAUGAAUUAUGUGGUUGAUAGGCUGUGUCUGGCGGUGCCUGACGAGGGCGGUGCUGAGCAGCCUGCAGGAACAGCCGCCAGUUCUGCUGCAGCCGGUUCUGGGAAUGGUCCGUGCAGCAAUGGAGGAAGUGUUGCGGCUGGCACAACUGGUGCUUCAGAACAGGGAAAUGCUGGAGACGGUGGAAAUGCACAAGCAAGCACAGCUUCCGCAGGCGCUGCACCAGGGACCAAGCCAAGGCCAAGAGGGCCAUUAGUGGAGAUAAUGUGCAAUGAUCAGGUGGGUGUGCUAAAUGUGCAAUACUUGUUGCGUGAAAAAGCUGCGUGUAGAGAUGAGCUGAAUGCUAUGGGAGGUGGCCGUGUCAGCUCUGGUCAGAGUAGUGGCAAGAGGACGGUUAAUGGUGACCGAUCCGUCUGCAGCCGAGACGUGGGAGAGGGAGUGUAUGACUUGAGCGAGGAUCCGCGGCAGCUGCUGUCUCAAAAGGAUGCAGAGAUUGCUGAGCUUCGAUCCCAGCUUCAGAAGGAAAGGCUGCUGAAGAUCACAUGCCGCCGACUAGGGGAGAAUUUCAAGGAAUGGAAGCAGAAGAACAGAAAGGCCCAUGAGACUCGGAGCAAGGAGAUGAAAAAUGUGCUUGCAACGUUGUCGGAGGUGAGCAAGAACUACAUCGCCAACCUGCAGAAACUCACUCAGCGAGCUGAAAGGACGGUUACUUAUCAUGUGGACGACGAGGAGGACGAGAUCGAGGAGCUGAUAUCGGCAGAGGCGGCACUCGUAAGCGAUUUCGGAGGCGAGGAUGAAGAGUGGGCGGAAUGGAGAAAGAGCAAGCACAGGAGAGGACACAGUUUGGGAGGGGUGGCUGGUAUUCAGACUGAUGAUGUUAUUGCCCAAGAGCUCUUGAAACGGGAGGCGUUCAAUCUUGAGAGGAAGAACAUGCAGCUGGAAAGGGACUUGGACUGCUACAAGAGCAAGAUACGGCACAUGGAAGAUAACAUGGAUAUGGUGUGCAAGGAGAACAUGCAGCUGCACGGCCGCGAUGCACAGCAGAGGUUGGAGUUGGAAGAGGCGCUGAGAAUGAAAAUGGAGGCAGAGCAAAGGGCAGAAGAACUUGCACAGGAACUGGCAAGCCUCAGAGAGGAGAUGAUGGUGCGGAGGACGAUGGAGCAAAGCUGUGCAAGACCAGCUGAGGCUAACGGGGCGCAGAGUCGUCACACUCCUCCGGCUGCCCUGAUUGCGGUAGGGAGUGCGGGUGGCAUGCUUGUUGCUCCUAGAGGAGGAUGGGGAUUGUCGACGCCCAAGGCGGUUGUGAAGGAAAUGAUGUCGCCAGCCCAAACACCAGCGGUGGAGCAUGUGGAAGAGGGAGAACUGCUGUUGCAAGGGGAAGAAGAAGAAGAAGAGGGUUCCUGUGCAUCUGCUGGAGCCGAGAGUCAGCGAGACGAUCAUCGAAGAGCCGCUGCUGGUGGUGUCUUGUCAGGCAAUGAUACAAAUGAUACUCUCUACGACAUCAACCCACUCGAUAUGCUCAACAACGAUGCAACCGUCGAGAUGCAAGGUUUGACCAAUAACGGACCAGGUUCAGGACAGGCUGCUAGUGCGGGAGGAGCGGAAGGGGAGGUGGAGAGUGUCUGGAAGACGGGGGAGAUGGGCCCUGCGAUCUCCCAUCAUGAUCAUGGAGGUAAUUCACAUUCGAUUCCAGCUAGACAGGCUGUUGUUACAAACCAUGACGAUGCUGCAAUGGAUGGAAAGCAACCUCCUCCUUUGAGAGCUGCAACAGGACCGGGCCCCAGCCGUGUGGUGGAUGGUUUAAAUAAAAGGCAUGCUCCUCGUCAUGUCAGGACGGACUCUGCCUUUUCCGCUAUCCACUCACCACUCCCUAUUGCAUCCAUGUUACUUCCCUCGGAUGACAACGAAGAUGGGUGCAGCAAGGGUGCUGCGGAGGAAUGUCAGGACAACUGUGGCUCGGUGGAGAUUCAUGAGCUCGUCGAGUCGGGGACAAGGCAAGCGGAUAUCCCUCGAGGAACAUGCACAACGGCUUUUGUAGAGUGCGGCGAGGUGUGCAGAGAAGGUGUGGCAACGGACAGGAUGGUGGAAGGUGCUACAUCGCCAGGGGAAGUCGAUGCUACUGGUAAUGAGGCAUCACCAGAGGGCGAGGGGCGAACAGAAACCAGCGGGUUUGCAGUGGCAGUGAUGGAUAGCGCGAUUGACGAUGCGGUCGUGGUGAGAAUGGGUGGAGUGGUGGGUGAGCUGGUAUGCGCUGAUGAUGUUGUGCUUGAUUGCAUGGCGGCCCUGGACUCCUGUGAUGUUAAUUAUGAUAUCAGCGGAUUUGGAUCCGUUGAGGUACGCAAUUCGUACGAGAAGUAUCUCACAGGUGGUCGGGGAGCAAGCCCUCGAUGUCUCAUUAUCAAUGCUGCUGCAGAUCCCGUUUCGGAGAGCUCUGGCGGUUGUGGCUCCGGAUCCCCCAGUCGGGGAAGAGCUGAGAGAAGAAAUGGGUUGAAGACGAGCCGAUCUCUUUGGUGUCCUGCGAGCUGUCUUCCUGAGGAUUGCUAUGCUGGUGCCUCCGUUGAAGAGGGUGACGUGACGUAUCCCCGCCCGAUCAUUUGCUAUGGUGAGCAGUCGGAAGAAGACGGUCUGCAUGAGGAUGAUGCAAGGGUAUUUCCCCCAACAGUUUGCGACUCUGUGCAAGGGAGGUGGCAUUCGCACAGAGAAGACUGCACGACCAACAGUGAUGGCAGAGCCUCUACCGCAAGCACUUUGGUGGAGAUUUUAGUCAGUCCAAGAGAAGGGAAACUGCUUGCCACUGGUAGUGCUGUGGGAGCACGGACCUGCAGAGAUGCCCCCAGGAAAGGCGAGAACAGUUUGUGGAGGCCCGCCCACCUCUCCUCGGGGGGCGCCGAUGAUUCAAGAGAGAUCAAUGAAGCGAGAGACCGAAGGAUCUACAGCACAACUCAACACAACCCUUCGUCUUUGUGGGUGGGAAACAUGCCAGGUGUGAGUUCAGUCCGGGUUGAUUCGCUUGCGGGCAUAGACCUUGCCGACAUGUCCGUGGGAGCUGCAAGCAGCGGGUUGUCCAUGCUUCCUCAGAGAGUGGAGCGUCUUGGGGAUUGUGAAAUGGACGCAGGUGCGGGGUCAGUGGUCAGGGAGGGGAAGCAUAGCGAGGCUUUCUGGAGAGGACAUGCCGAAUGCUCGGCGGCAGGGCGAAAUCGGGACAAAAUGGAUCUGCUCUGCCGUUGUAGCAGCUUGGCGGACAGCCAGCGCUCACCGGAAUGGAACGCCGAACAGGAAAGCAUGCACUGGACAUCCGACUUUCCGGAAGCAGCCUGCUGUCAGGGCGAAGACGACAGGCGGUUUACUUCUCUUACCGUGUCGGUGUCGGAUUCUGUCCUUAUGCAGAGUCUGGGGGAGGAUGACGAUGGUGCAAGUAACGAUGGGGAAGUGUUGAUCGGAGAGAGUUUAUCGGGAGCAAUUCCUGGAGACGAGGGUUCUCCGGGCCGGGAAAGACAGAAGGGAAGGGAAAGGGAACCGCUUUGUCCGUCGGAUCCGCCAUCCAAUGGGUCGUCUCUUGAUCGGCUUGUAGAUGAGCUGUUGGCAAAUGGCCACAUAGGUGGGGCGGAUGAUGUGAAUCCUUCUCCCGUUUGCCGCAAAGAGGACGGAGAGCAGCAAUGCAGUAAUGACGCAGCAUGGGAACGAACGAAGGUCGAAUCUUAUCCUUGCAGGCAAUCUGAGGAGUACCGGGAUCAUGGUGAUGAAGUGUGCAUGGAUGGCGAAGGAUCUACAAUAUCCGAGGAGGAGAGGGAUGGGGAGGGGCAGUAUGAGGAGGUUGAGACUAAGGCAGCAGGCGAGGAGGAUACGGAGCUGUUACCUAAGCAGGGAAACAGUGGAGAUUGUCUCGGCAGCACUAGUGGUGGCGGUAAGGUGUCAGCUUGUCCUGGAAGGACUGCUGGAACAAGUGGAACAGUGAACGCAUUACUAUCAGCAGGAGGAAUGAGUGGGUAUGGCUGGCCGCUGUCAUCAGACAGAAUGGAUUGUUUUGCGAGGCAGCGGCUUGUGCUUGGCCAAGUAGAGGCCGCUGUGGAAGAAGAGGAGAUGAAUAAGGUUUAUGUACUGCUGAAAAAGAAUAGGUGGAAAGAAGGACAGGAGGGUGCGGAUGGAGCGGUGAAGAUCGUCGGAUCGUCUUCGAGUGGUGGAAGCAGCACUGAUGAAAGUGCGGCUGCUGUUGUUGCUGCCGCCCGUGCUGCGGAGUUGCAUCUCAAUGCAGACGGACAAGUUGCCCCCGUUCACUUUGAGGAUGGCUUGGACUCUGCCAGCACCAUCACUGAAGAAGACACUAGGAGCAUCAAGGAGAGCGAUAUAUCCUUGGACGACAGCCAUGAUGAGCAUGAUGCUGAGGGUCUGGGUUGUCACACACGAUCAGGGGUAGGUUCCAGAGUGGCUGGGAGAGCCUCUGUCUUGUGCAGGAAGGAAUGGGGAGCGGGCGGAGGUGGCUUGCGAGGGAGAGGAGUUAAUGACCUCCCAAAGAAGCCGGCAAGGAGGAUUGUCGGGUCGUUGGCAAACGGCUGCCUUCCUCUUGGUCCGAAGUCCAAGAUUGGGGCAACACUUGAUGCCAGUCAUCAUGAAGAAGCCAGCCCUCUGGAACGGGUGAAAUCAGGGAUAGGUAAGGGCGUUGGUUCGGUGGGCCACCAGGCGGGAAGGUCGGUUUGCGGCAAGAAGGGUGGGAGUGGGUGCUCUUCUGUCGGCCAUCCCUCGACGAAGUCGGAUAGAAGUUGCAUAAGAAGAGGGUAUGGAGGUCCACCGAGGACGGACGAGAGGAAAGGUGUAGGAGCUGCGGGCAGGGCGAAACUGCCAUUUGACCAAGUGCAUAAAGUAGAGGGUACCGAGAAGAGGGGAAGGGGUGAUGCCAAGCCUCUGCUAGGAGUGGGACGACCCAAGCGAAGUCUUGUCGAGAGAAUCUAAGUCGUAAAUGAACGCAAGAUGUGUUU